UGCGUCAAAAUGGCGUCGUUUAUGUUUUGCUGCUGUAGAAGCGGCGCUUUUGGUCCGGGGCAUGUUCAACUAAAAGACCUUCCUACUGUUAAAUUAGAUACCAGUUUUAUGGGAAAUGAUGUUGUGAUAGUAAAAAAUGGACACAGGAUAUGUGGUAAUGGAGCUGCUCUAGCCAAUGCCCCAGUUGCACAAAAUAAGGCAUAUUUUGAAAUCAAAAUACAAUGUACAGGAAAAUGGGGUGUGGGCUUGGCUACAAGGAGAUGCAAUCUCAACAAAACUCCCCUGGGUUGUGACACCGAUAGUUGGGUUCUGCGACAAGAUGGCUCCAUGUUCCACAAUGGUGAAGAGAAAGGGAAGCUGCCUGACGUUCCCCAAGAAGGGGACAUUGUGGGUUUAACAUAUGACCACAUAGAGCUUAACUUCUUCCUUAAUGGCAGUCCCUUGAGUACACCCUUCUGUGGUAUCAAAGGGACGGUUUAUCCAACUUUUUAUGUUGACGAUGGUGCUGUCCUUGAUGUACAUUUUGAAAAGUUUUAUCAUUCACCUCCAGAUGGUUUUGAUCCCAUUAUGAUAGAGCAGUCACUGUUAUGAUAUCUAGAGUUCAUAAUUAAGCCUAUUUGAAAAUUAUUUAUGCUUUAAAUAUUUCUUCAAACUCGUCAUCUCCAUAUUUAUGAACCAGUAUUGACAUGUACACAUAUCUGUAGCGGAGUAGAUGAUGGUCUUAGAAAUCACUUUCUCUAAAAAUAAAAUUUUACAAUUUCACAUUUAAAAUAGAGAUUAGUUCACAACAGGACAAACACUAAAGCAUUGCUAAGUUGGUUGUAAGUGUAGUGUAAUAAUGUGUCAUUAACUGUUUUAUGUGGAUUUGGUUAUGUGAUUUGAAAACCAACUUCCUUUUAGAGUUAUAUUCCCUUUGACAAUUGUUUACACUUGAGGACUUAUACCAAAUUUAAUGGUUAUAAUUAUAAAUGAAAAAAACAAUAUUUAAUUGAUUUCUUUGUUCGUGUAUAGCAUUUUGUUUCUAUUAUGGAAUAUAUUUACAUUUUUAAAUUACACACCCAAUGUAUAGUACAUUUAAAAGGUUGCUGUAAUUAUGGGAUUGUGCUUCCUUCAGUAAUGAAAGUUAUAUUUUUAGCAUGUUAUAUGUACCUCAUAAUAUGCUGGGUUGGUAAUACACUGAAUUUAUCCUAUCAUUAUUUUACUAAACAUAUGCUGCUCUCAUUGAUUGCAAUUGACUUGUCCCUAGCAUAUUCCAGUUAGCAAUGCAUAUUUGUGCAUCAGUAAAAAUUAUUUGUUUGUUGAAGUUUUUUGCUAGCAAUAAUCAGCACUACCUCUGGAGACUUUGGCUAAUAAGAGAUUCAGAAUAGAUUUUUGUGGAUAGCCUUUGAACAUAAAACAAUUAAAGAAGUAAAUGCUUUUUAAAAAAAAAAUUAAUAUUAACUUAUGAACGAGAAACAAAUAUUUUUUCCCUUUGCUUUGGUGAGGAUUGGACAUUUCCCCUCCUUUUGUUUUGUAUUCUAAAAUUCUUGUUGUAUAUAGAGAAACUCAAGCUCUACUUAUGGCUGUGAGACUUGAUAACAAAGCAUUCUUUUUUCAGCAUUGAGAGAAGUACCUUGCUUUUGAGACUGUAUGAGACGUUUUGAUUUCUUGACAGUGUAAAAGCAAAUCCCUUGUUCAAUAUGUGAACACAAUUGUACACACCAUUGGAACACCCCUAGCUUUAGUUUGUUAGCGCUUCAUUGUUUCUUUGGCUCAGAAAAUCAUAACUUUGUAUAAUGAGUCAAGACUCUUUCUAAACUAGACACUGUUGACAUUAAAUAGUUUUAAUAAUUUAUUUUUAGUGUAAAGCUUGAGUCUUAGCACAUUUUCUAUAUAAAUCGUUCAUUUGAAAAGAUGAAUUGCUUUCAUAAGUGUAAUAUCUACCAUGGACAGUGAUGAGUAAAUCAUCUUCCUAAUUUAUAUUAACAUAUCCAAGUUUUAAAAAACAAUUUUUAAAAAUUUGUCAAAUUAAAAAUAAUAACUUUUAACAUAUUUAGGAUAAGUUCAUGCGCAUUUUAAAAUAUUGUUUUUUUUUACCUUUAAAACUUAAAAUUUGGGACCAGUGCUUUUAAAAAUUAAAAUAAAACAUUUUUUCCCCCACUGCAUAAUUGUUUCCAUAAAACUACUAUGUAUGCCCAAUGCCUUCUGCAUUAUAAUGCUUUUUUUUUUGUUAAAGUUAUAAUUUCAGUGCCAUCUCCUGUAACUAGCUAGUUCUGUUUUUUUGCCCUGUUUGUGACAGUGUGAGUCUGUUUCAAGUAUGUUGUAAAUUUCACACAUGUGUAACAUAAAAAUUGUGCAUGUGUAGUGCAAUAUUAUUUAUAAUAUAGGAUUAGUUUAGUGCUUCCUGUAUUGUGUUGUAUCAUGGUGGCAAUAGCUAGGCUGUUGUAUGUUAAAAGUCAGCAGUAUGUAUCUGCUAAAUCUGUAUGUCACAUUUUGAAGAUUUGGUUUUUUUAAAUUGACUGUGUUUCUAAGUUUUUUUUGUGAUGUACUGCGUACGUAUGAUCACAAAACAUUUAUGAGAUGUGGACUUUAUGUGUCUUUUAAAGCUUGCUUAUCUAAUAUUUUUUUGUUUUUAUACCAUCUAAUUUAUAAUUUAAAUUUUAGUAGUUGUAAAUUUUUUUGUUAUUUUUCCUCUAUGCCAGAUACACAAAGAUUUUUAAUUCAUGUUUAACGCUCUCUAUUUUCAAAAACUCAAACGAAUUCUAAACUUUAAAAAAAACCUUUUAUUUGAAAUGUGUGAAUUUGUUUAUAAACUCUCUGUCAUUUUGAAGGAAUGUAAUAUAUUUUUUAAUGUAGUUUAAUAUAAAUAUCGUUUUGUUUUAGCAGAUUGCAUUUAUUUCCAAAUGCAUUCAUAAAUUAAAACACCUUUUUAAAAAGCGGACUUUAAAAUGGCCACUGGUCUUUGUGUUUCUCUAAUGUUAUAUAUAAGAGACUGUUGAAAAUAGACUUCCAAUAGUUUGGCCUAUGUGAAUAUACAGUUUCUGUCAACCAAUAUAAACUCUGUUGUCUUGCAGAUGUUGUUGAUAUAUAAAUGGUGUUUUGUUUAAAUCCAAAAGUGAAAACAGGAAAUAUAUCUAUAAAU